UCACCGUUGAAAUUCUCAGGUUACGUCUCCUCGAGGCUUUAUUAGCCGAUUUCACCCUCAAACCUGCUCUCUCUUCAACCUCCUGAGUGCCUGUGAGAAGCUGCCAACAUGAAGCUGUCAGCGGCCAUUCUCGCAGUUUUUGCAUCGAUAGCUGUCACCAUUGAUGCUACCGUGUACUUCAAGGAACAGUUUCUGGACGGAGAUGGAUGGAAGAGCCGGUGGGCCGAGUCCAAGCACAAGUCUGACUACGGCCAGUGGAAACUGUCUGCUGGGAAGUUCUAUGGGGAUGCCGAGGCUGAUAAAGGUCUCCAGACCAGCCAGGACGCCCGCUUUUAUGCCAUGUCGGGCCGCUUCGAGCCCUUCAGCAACGAGGGGAAGACAGUGGUCAUCCAGUUCACCAUCAAGCAUGAGCAGAAGAUUGACUGUGGAGGUGGCUACGUCAAGAUCUUCCCCGCUGACCUCGACCAGAGCAACAUGCACGGAGACUCUCAGUAUUACAUCAUGUUUGGGCCUGACAUCUGUGGAUACAGCACCAAGAAGGUCCACGUGAUCUUCAACUACAAGGGCCAGAACCACCUCAUCAAGAAAGACAUCAAGUGCAAGGAUGACGAGCUGACCCACCUGUACACUCUUAUCCUGAAUCCGGACCAGACGUACGAGGUGAGGAUCGACAAUGAGAAGGUGGAGUCCGGCUCACUGGAGGAAGACUGGGACAUGCUGCCCGCGAAGAAGAUCAAGGACCCAGAAGCCAAGAAACCCAGCGACUGGGACGACAGGGCCAAGAUCGACGACCCCAACGACACCCAGCCUGAGGAAUGGGACAAGCCAGAGACCAUCCCUGACCCCGAUGCCAAGAAGCCUAGCGACUGGGACGAGGACAUGGACGGAGAGUGGGAACCUCCCAUGAUCACAAACCCAGAGUACAAGGGCGAGUGGAAACCCAAGCAGAUUGACAACCCUGACUACAAAGGAGCCUGGGUCCACCCUGAGAUCGACAACCCAGAGUACACUCAGGACGCCACGAUGUACAAGUUCGAUAACAUUGGCAUACUGGGCCUGGAUCUGUGGCAGGUUAAAUCUGGCACCAUCUUUGACAACUUCCUGAUCGCUGACGAUGUCAAAGAGGCAGAGGAUUUCGGGAAGGAAACCUGGGGAGCUACUACGGGACCAGAGAAGAAGAUGAAGGAUGAGCAGGAGGACAUUGAGAGGAAACUGAGGGAGGAGGAGGAGAAGAGCAAGAAGAAGGACACUGAAGGAGGCGAUGAGGAGGAGGAGGAGGAGGAGGAGGAGGAGGAAGACGAGGAGGAGGAGGAUGAGGAAGCGGAAGCGGAGGAAGAUGGCGAGCACGACGAGGACAAGGACGAGGACGCCGAUACCGACGAGGAGAACAGCGACGCCAAAGAGAAGGACGAGUUGUAGAGGAGAGGAGCUGUUUGACGGACUGCUGUGUGCUUCUAAACCAACGACAGGAAACCGGCGAAAGCCCUACGGACUCUGGCCUU